AUGAGACUGCGGGGGGCGGUAGCAGAUGAGUUUGGAGAGGCCGUUGAUGUUGAGACCGUUCAGGCCCUUCCUGGCCAGGUUGAGGGGUGCGGCUUCUGGAGUCCUGUGGGGCUGUUGAAGGGCAGGGCUCUGCCCAGUGCCCUGUGCGUAGGCCCUGAUUUACUCUGCCUGGCCCCCUCGGUGAGAUGCUGUUCUUACUGUCUUACAGAAAUGGCAGUUCUGACCCAAGUAACAACCCGCUUGCUGCAGGUCCCUGGGCCCAGGUGGGGUUUGCAGCCAGGCACAGUGCUUUGAGCACUCCCGUGCACGACUGCAGGUCUGGAGCCCCCGUGUACAGACCGUUCAGUAGUGGCGGUGCCUACCCCAGCAUCCCCCUCUCUUCUCCCUUACCCGGAGCACCCACACCCGUUUUCGCUACAGUCGAUGGACAGGAAAAGUUUGAAACCAAAGUUACCACACUGGAUAAUGGGCUGCGCGUGGCAUCCCAGAAUAAGUUUGGACAGUUUUGUACUGUGGGAAUUCUUAUUAAUUCAGGAUCAAGAUAUGAAGCAAAAUAUCUUAGUGGAAUUGCUCACUUUUUGGAAAAGUUGGCAUUUUCGUCCACUGAUCGCUUUGGCAGCAAAGAUGAAAUCCUGCUUACCUUGGAAAAACACGGGGGUAUUUGUGACUGCCAGACGUCAAGAGAUACCACCAUGUAUGCUGUGUCUGCUGACUCUAAGGGCCUGGACACGGUGGUCGGCCUGCUGGCUGACGUGGUCCUGCAUCCCAGGCUAACAGAUGAAGAAAUUGAGAUGACACGAAUGGCUGUCCAGUUUGAGCUGGAGGACCUCAGUAUGCGGCCUGACCCGGAACCACUUCUCACGGAGAUGAUCCACGAGGCCGCUUACAGUGAGAACACGGUUGGCUUGCGCCGUUUCUGCCCCUCGGAAAACAUAGCGAAGAUUGACCGGGAGGUGCUUCACGCCUACCUGAGAAACUACUACACCCCGGACCGCAUGGUGCUGGCGGGGGUCGGGGUCGAGCACGACCACCUCGUGGAAUGCGCCAGAAAGUACCUCCUGGGCAGCCAGCCGGCCUGGGGAAGCGAGACCGCUGUGGACGUGGAUCGGUCGGUAGCACAGUACACCGGGGGCAUCGUCAAGCUGGAGAGAGACAUGUCCAACGUCAGCCUGGGCCCUACCGCCUUCCCCGAGCUCACACACAUCAUGAUCGGGCUGGAGAGCUGCUCCUUCCUGGAGGCGGACUUUAUACCCUUCGCCGUGCUGAACAUGAUGAUGGGCGGCGGUGGCUCCUUCUCGGCCGGCGGGCCUGGCAAGGGCAUGUUCACCAGGCUCUACCUCAACGUGUUGAACAGGCACCACUGGAUGUACAACGCAACUGCCUACCACCACAGCUACGAGGACACGGGCCUGCUGUGCAUCCACGCCAGCGCCGACCCCCGACAGGUCCGGGAAAUGGUGGAGAUCAUCACGAAGGAGUUCAUCUUGAUGGGCGGGACCGUGGAUGUGGUGGAGCUGGAGCGAGCCAAGACGCAGCUGAUGUCCAUGCUGAUGAUGAACCUGGAGUCCCGGCCUGUGAUCUUCGAGGACGUGGGGAGGCAGGUGCUGGCCACCCAUUCCCGGAAGCUGCCGCACGAGCUGUGCGCGCUCAUCCGCAACGUGAAGCCGGAAGACAUCAGGAGGGUCGCUUCCAAGAUGCUGCGCAGGAGGCCGGCGGUCGCUGCCCUGGGCGACCUGGCUGACCUGCCCACGUAUGAGCACAUCCAGGCGGCACUGUCCAGCAGGGACGGGCGCCUGCCCAAGACCUACCGGCUCUUCCGGUAGCGCCGGCCGGAGCUGCGGACAGUGUGUUCCACGCGCUCCUUUGGAUGCGAAUUUAGCGCAGACUCAUAAAAGGAGCAAACUGGACAGCUUCUAACCGAGCGAGCACGUUUAAUGUACCCAGAGCACAGCUCCAUCCCUCCCGAAUCUAAUGUGCCAGCCACUGGAAUAAAUACUCUCCACGCCUGCCCGAGAUGCGGCGGAGGGCAGAAAGGUUCGGA